CGGCAAGCAUUGACCUUUAUAAAUCGAGUCAAUAACCCACUACGGAAGUUUAAAGGCUUGCAUUAGAUCAUUGAUCACCAACAUCCUUACUAGCAGACCGUUUCUUCCUAGCCCCCAUACACGCAACCAUGUCAGAUGAAAGUCCGAAGAAACUCAAGUUCCUCUCACUUGAUGGAGGUGGUGUAAGAGGCUUGUCAUCUCUUAUAAUUCUCAAAAGGGUCAUGGACAUUCUUGGGGCCAAAAUGAAACGACAGGACUUGCAGCCAUAUCAGUACUUUGACCUGAUCGGAGGCACAAGCACUGGCGGUAUAAUCGCGCUGAUGCUCGGUCGUAUGCGAAUGAGCAUAGAUGACUGCAUCAACGAGUACCAGCGACUUGGAAGCAUUGUCUUCGGAAAGCCACGAAACGGCGAGUACAUGUUCGAUGAGAAGAUCCUCGUCCGUGAGACAAAGGCUGUCGUUGCGAAGUACUUAGGUAAAGAGGAUGCACCACUUCUCGACCCUCUCGGCGAUGAUGCAUGCAACACUGUAGUUUAUACUAUCCCAUACCAAAAUGCAGUUCAGCAAACAGCUACUGCUUUGCGUUCGUACAUCAACGAAGACAAGGAUCCGAGACCUAAGGCGUGGACUAUCUGGGAAGCUGUGAGAGCGACAUCAGCUGCACUUACCGUUUUCGAGCCCUUCGUUCAUGGUCCACCUGGGAAAGAAGUUCGAUACAUGGAUGCUGGCUUUGGGUACAACAACCCAAGCGAUCUAAUUCUUCAAGAGGCUAGAAGUCUUUGGGAAGGCGAUCAUUACCUAACACUCAACUCCGACGUCGGAGUAUUUCUCAGUCUGGGCACUGGCAUGGGCCAUAUCGUCCGAAUGGACAACGACACCGUCAUACAAACUGUCACCGCCAAGUUCCGAGCACCCAUCAAGGCAGUCGACGCCAUGAAGCAGAUCGUCACUGGGACUAACAGAAUACACCGAAUCGUUGCGGAUCAAUUUGGCUCGAACAGCAUUAGGUACUACCGGUUCAACGUGGACCAAGGUCUUGAAGGCGUGAAGCUGUUCGAUCACAAGAGGAGAGAGGAUAUGGAGGUUGAUACUGAUGCAUAUCUGGAGAAAUUCGAAGUGGGGAGACAGGUGAAGAAAUGCGUGGAUGUCAUGAAGGUUUUGCCAGUGCGAGAACCUGGCCUCUUGGAUAAUCGGCACGACGAAGAGGAUAUAUAUAGUCUUGGAGAUGACGGAACUCCAGAACAACGGAAGUUAUUGGAGAGGUUGAGGGCUUUGAGAAUAAACCGUGAGUACUUUGAAAGGCACCAAAAGGACUGGGAGAGUCAGGUCAAUAAGCCAGAGGCGAAGUACCAUAAGCGUCUUUACAGAGAAGUCGAAACAGUAGGGUAUUUAUGGAACGCCGUUGUCCAAGCCGAUUUGCUCGACGAGCGAGGUCGAGAGAUCUUGGUGUCAUGCACACCAAACCCAGACCGCCCUCAGCUCAAGGUUAUGGACGAAUGCAAAGCCAUUGCAUAUUACAGUCCCGCAGACGAAACCCCAGAGAGAGUUGCGGCAAGAAUAGAACUCGCCAACCAGGAUCUCUCUAAUGCUUUUCACAUCCUCCGCCAACUACUCUGCACGGCUGCAGCAUAUUGGGAGGAGCAUAGUUUUGUAUACUGCUGGGUUGCGAAGAGAAUGGGCGGUAUUCUGGAACUUUGGGGAUGUCGCCGAGAGGCGAGGAACCUGUACUUGGUAGCGAGAGACGGGAAGGUCAAGAUGUUUGGGGCAGAUCAUUGGUCUGUUAGGAAUUUGCAGGAUAAGUUGGAGAGGUUGACAUAUACACUUCGAGAAUAGAGAUUUGAGUUGGAUCAUCUCCUAUCGAUCUCAAG